AUGGAGAUAAAAUUAAAUACAAUAUUCAACGACAUUUUGCUACUUCAAACUGAUGAGCACAAGAUAGAAAAUCAUGAUAAAUGCUUUGUUGAUAAACGACAGAACAUACUAUGUGCAGAGUGCAUUAACAAAAUUCUUUUUAAUAACUGUCCUUUAUAUAAAAAAUAUUUAUUAUUUAAAAGUUUAAAUGAUAUAUAUUCAGUGAACAAUUGUCAUGACUUUCGUCAUCAUUUUUCUUUUUUUCUACUUGAUCACACUUUGUUUUUAUCAAACACUUUCGAAUAUUUAGAAGGUACAACUAAAUUAAAUGAGCAAGAUAAUGAUAAUAAUAAGGAGGAUGAUUAUGCUUAUUCUGUUAACAACGAAUUAAUAAUCCUAGCAACUAACGCAUGCAAAGAAUUUUUAAAUAUUUGUUCUGAAGAUUUGUGUAAUAUUUUUAAGGAUGCAAUUUAUACUUGUGUACUUGUUAGAUUAAAAAAAAUUUCAUCGUAUAAUAAAAAAAAAAAAAAUUCCUUUAUACUAAAAUUUUUAAAAAAUUUAAUAGAUCAUAUAGAAGUUAUACACACAACUUUAAAAGAAGAAUCAGUAGUCAUUGAAGGUUUUAUGAAAUUAUUUAUUCAAAAUUACUCAAUUAAUGAAAAUUCCAAAAAUGAAAAACCAAAAAAAAUUUAUUUUUAUCCUAACCAAUUUUUUUUAAAUCAACAAAACGAUAGUAUUAAUGUAGAUGAUUAUAACAACAAAGAACUUUUACUAACACUUCAAAUAAUUUACAGCCUUUGGAAUGAAAAUUCUCUAUGGCAAAUAAAACAUGACUUACUAAAAAACUUUUUUAUUAUCCUAAUUAAAAAUUUUAAAUAUAUUAAUAAGAACACUGAUCUAUGUAAUUAUUGCAUAGAGUUUAUUUAUUUAAUUACUAAAAAUCUUAAUGAUAUAACCUACUUUUUCAACACAAUCAUUUUUCACUCAGAAAGCAAAAAGGGCAGUCAAGAAGCCAUAAACACACCUACCAUUGUUAGUGGAGACAAUAUUAACAGUAAUAGUAACCAUCAACAAACCCUUUCCUCAAGCAUACACAUUUCUUCUAACCAAAAAGAACGAAAUUGGAACGACCUAUUUACAAGUCAUUAUUUGGGUAAAAAUAAUGUUAGUUACGAAUCUGGGGAUGCUAGCAAACCUGAAGAACUUUGUAGACGUAGCGAGUAUAAUAAGAAUGAAAUACUUUUUGAAAUCUAUAAAGAUGAAGGUGAAGAAAGCACUGAGAAAGGUAAGCUCACUUACAAACGCAAAAACAGUGAAAAAAAAUAUAAUGAAAAUUAUACGAAAGAAGUCGAAUUAAAACAUAUAAAUUAUAAAUUCCGGCAAAAGGAAAAGGCAUGUACAGGAAUGUUUAUCCAGGAAAAAAACAAAAACAAAUGUAAAGAUAAAUAUAACCAAUCAGAAGAACAGACAAUACUCGUGCACAAUUAUAGUGACGAAUAUGAACUCAUAUCAUCCGAAGAGGAAAACAUUAGUAAAUUAUUAAAAAGAAAUUAUUAUAAAGAAAAAAUAGGCUUAAAUUUAUCAAAAGAAAGUAAAAAUUUCAUGAAUAACUGUAGUGAGAACUACAAAGGAAUCAUAAAUAUCUCUACUAACAUUUCUGGGGAAUAUAGUAAUUACGGAAAAAAAGGCAUUGAAUGCAAUUCCAAUUUCUUUAAAACUAAAGAGAAUUCUGAUAAUAUAAACAUGGAGUCGUUACAAAUGAAGCAGGAAAGUAGCAAAAAUCAAGGCAACGAACAGCACUAUUACCAUGAUCUAAAUUCAAGUAUAUAUAGUAUUAUUAGCACCACAACAAUUCCAAACGAGUUUGAAAUCGGAAAUAUUAAACAGAGUAGGAGCAACGAAGGGAUUUCUAAGUCGAGUGAGAAUAAAGAGGUAGAAGAAGCAGGCUUGGGAGAACCAGAAUCAGACGAACCAUAUUUGGAGGGGUCAUAUUUGGAAGGAUCCGAUCGGUGCAAUGAGGAUUUGGAACAAUUCGAAGAAAUCAUAGUGCAAGAAGAAUCUCAAUCUAUACAUUCUCAGUCAAUCUGCAAGGAAAAUAAAAGGAUCCAUAACAUGAAGAAUGGCUCAAAAGAAGAGAUAAAGAAUAACGCAUACGUAUAUUUCAAAACACGUGAUAUUAAUAACACCUUAUCUUAUGGGGAAUCAUAUUAUAAUUCAGGUUCAGAAGAAAAAAAUACCUUGGAUAUAAAAAUAACAGAAAAGUAUGAAAAUAUACACAUUUUUAUAAUUUUGUGUGAUAAUUUACAAGAAGCAUUACUAAACAAUAUUAAUAGAGAUAUACAAAUGAAAUGUUUAGACAUUUUUUAUAAAUUUUGUAGUAUUGAUGAAGCAAUUGUUAAUAUUAUUUUAUCUCAUACGUCACUUGUUGAGUGGAUAUUUGAUUUUAUAUCAAACACAAAAUAUGAAUGUUUAAGAGAAAAAGCAUUAAAUUUUCUUGUUACCUUUUUUUUUAAUAAUUCCCUUUUUUCUCAUACACAUGCCCACUACAUGCUUGAUGUUCUAAUAAACAUAAUUUCAAAAUAUGUAAAUAGAAAUAGUGGUAUUUAUAAUAAUGUAAGUAGUGAUUAUUCGAUCUUCUUUUAUUUUUUAAAAGCUUUGGACAUGCUUAUUCAUAUUGCUUAUUCCUCUAUAAAAAUACUUCAUAUUUUCAAAGUUAUUAAUAUAAUUUCCUUUUUAGUGGUAUCUCCUAAUUCUGCUCCUACAAAUAUUAAAGAUAUUAUUUCUUUUUUUGAAAAUCUCUUAUUAAAAAAUAGCAGAAUAAAUACAAAUGUUUAUCACAACUCUAGGGGUUGCAAUGUUAUUAACAAAAAUAAUGGAGAAAGGUAUGAAUUAAAAAAAAACGAAAUGAAUUUACCUAUACACAAGAAAACGUUCUCUAAUAUAUAUGACGAAUCUGUUAAGGGGAAUGACUGUGCUCAUGAUUGCUUCCUUUAUAGGGGUCCAAGAAUACAUAAAAACGAUUUUCCUUGUGCUCACAAUAAGAGGAGAACCGGUUUGAAGAAUGGCAUGAAAAGUGAGGUAACAGAGCAUAUAAGUGGUAAGAUUAUAAGAGGAAUUAGUGGUCACGCAGAGGUUAUAACCCACACAAUCUCAUGUAAAAGCGAGAGCCGCACAAAAUAUUUCACAAACGACAUAAUAAAUAAGUUCUACGUUACGAACAUUUCCUCUCUAUUUAAAGUAUUAAAAACAGUAUUAAACAUUAUAAAAAUUGUAAACAAGAAUAAAGAAGAUAUAUAUGUGGAGCUGAUUUAUAACGAACCAAAUAACUCUUUAAAUGAAUUAUGCUUGGCAAUAAUGAAACUGCUUUUUUCAUUAACAUACAUUUUAAAUAGAAAUGAUAAUUUUUUGAUAAAUGAGGAGAUAAUUAACGAAAAGGAUAAUUUUUACACUGAUAAUAACAAUAAUAAUGCCAAUAAUAAUGACAAUGACAACAAUAAUGACAACAAUAAUGACAACGAUAAUGACAACGAUAAUGACAGUGAUGGUGAUAAUGAUAAUGAGCUUCAAAUUUUUACCUUUAUAAAAAUAAUCCUAUAUUUUUUUAUAGAACUUCAUUCAUUUUUUAGAAAUAUUAUGAAAGAAAGAAAAGACACUCCAUUCGAAAAGGACAUUUUAAACUUUAUUAAAAUUUUAUAUCUUUCUUGUAUAUAUAUUUUCGAAGAUAUAACUGAGAGGAAAAAGUUGUUUAACAAUAUAAGCACUAGUAUAUGCUUCUCUUCAUUUUUUACUCCUUUUUUUCAUUUAUUCUCGAAUAUUUUGACGCACGUAGAGGAAAUUUCUGCGAGCUAUUUACAUUGCUUUGAAAAAGAUCCUCAUAAUACAGCUCAAAAUCGAAUAGAGCAACAUGUAGAUACAAAUGGUGAAAACAAAAAUGAUCAAUUAGACACAGAUAACUAUAAAGAGCUAACCUCUGUAAUUUUUGCAGAGUACAAGAAAAGAAUAAAGCAGAUCCUAAUAAAAAACAAGCCGUUUACACUAUUCUUUCAAUAUGUGCAUAGUAACAAUUACAACCCCGAAUGCUACAGAAUUUUGGAGCUCCUAAUUUAUGAAGAAGGCGAAUUGUUCAAAGAAAAGAAAAACAAGAAAGAUAUAUUGAUUGAAAUAAUAAAGAAAAAUGAUUUCUAUUUUACGAAAGUUUUGUUAUUUAAUUUUAAUGAUAAUGAAGAUCUAAUAGAAACUGUAAUAUAUAUUUUUUACCUAUGCUUAAAUCAUGAUAAGAAUUUUAUUGAAAAGAAGUUGAAUAUCAGUAAAGUAGACAAUUAUGUGGAAAAUAUUUUUUCACUUAAUGAUUUUGAAGUGAAUAUUAACCCCCUUUUUUUAUUUAUGGCUUUAUCUUAUUCUUAUUAUUUUAUAACAAAAGAUAAAAUAUUAUCUCUUUUUACGUGCAUUAAAAAAGAAAUGUAUAAAAUAAAUGUACCUCUAUGGUUAAACAUCAAAAAAAUUAAAAAUAUUUACUUUGCUUUUGACUGUAUUUUUUCCUUAAAAAUAAAUAGCGGCAACUACAGCCUUUAUAUCUCGUUCAUUAUUUACAUAAUAAAGUUAGAAUUAUCUUUGUAUUCAUCAAAACAGGCUGAUCAGGUCGACAGCAGGUUGUAUUUGUCCAUUUCUAAAAAUAACGACUUAGUGAAAAGGAUAUUUGAAAAUGUAGAAACAGACAAAAUACCCAACAACCAUAUUAUAUAUGUAUACUAUUUAAUAAUAAAAUUGAGAAAAUAUUGUGUAGAACAAUGUAAAUCUUUGAGUUUAUAUAAAAUGAUGAACACUGUGAUUAGAUAUAUGAGCACAGCUGUAAAUACAGCAGAAGAAAUUAAUGAUAUCUUCUCUUUCUUUUUUAUAUUUUUUGAAAAUUUGGAAAUAUUUGCACAAACAGAUAUAUUUAAUAUAAUAACACUGUUACAAAAAUUAUCAUUUUAUGUAAAAUCUUCAAUGAAAGAAUUUUUUAAUAAAAAUAAUAAUUUAAAGGAAGUAGACAAUAAUGAAAUAUUACCCAAUUCUCUUAAAUUUGAAAAUUCCUUUUUUUAUUUUAUAUUAAAUUUAAUUUUAUAUUGUAGAAAAUAUAAUCAAAUACAAAAUAUAAAUGUAUUAUCUUCAUCUAUAUCAUUAAUACAAUUAUUAAUAUAUGCUAUACAAUUCACCAACAAUCAUUUUAAGAGUUUAUCAAUCUUAAUAUUAUCAUUACUUAUUUUACCUAUGCCAAAAACACCAAAAACAGUAUCUCCAUUACUUAUGAAAUUAUCAACGUCAUUUGAUAAAUGUGCUGAGGACAUACUACUAUUAGAUAGCAAAACAUCUAUGCCUACUGAAAGUAGUAGUAGUACUACUAGCAGCACCAUGAGCAAUCAUAUUAGCAGUAGUAGAGAAAAAUAUGUAAUUAGAAAAAACCUGUUUUUUCCCUUAGUCAGUAGUACGCAUGCAAAUAUUAGACUUUCCUCUUUGUCCCUAUUAUUAAGUUUAUUAUUAACAAAUAAUAUUGUGUUACUCGACGAGGAGGUCUUCAGCUUUUUUAUUUUCUUAAUCAAUAGCUCCUUUUUAAGUGAAUGGAAUGACAUUCAGAAUGACUUACUAUUCGCCAUAAUUAACGUCCUGUUACUUUCAACAAUCUUAAAUUUAAAAGCUAAAUCAUUUUGCUUUAACUUUAUAUACUCAUUCAGGCCUUUUUUCUUAAGAGGUAUAUUACGUUUAAGUAGAAACGAAAAUAUUAUCAUUCACAAGCUGUUUUUCCUUCUUAUAACGGUUAAAAUCAAACCAUUAUGGUUUGAUUUGAAGAGUUAUAGCGAAAAGAUAUUGAAAAUCUUAUUGAAUAUUGUUACAAAAAAGGAUCUAGAUAUCAUGACGUUUAACUGUAUAUCCUCCCUUGCAUAUGAAACUUUUACUAUUAAUAAAAAUAAUACCGAGGAUAGUAGUAGCAAGGAAGGCGUAAAUAAAUGUGUUAUUGGUAAUUUAGAAGAAUAUUUAGAAACAUAUAAAAAAAAUAUAAGAAAUAAUGAUGGAGACGUUUAUUGCACCCUGGUUUUCAACAAAUUUAAAUGUGAACAUAUUGAUUAUGAUGCAGUUUUGGCUGUAUUAAAUACGACAAGAUUAUUAUUAUAUAAAUAA